AUGGCGGCCGAAGUCCCAAACUCACUGAACUGGGUAUCUUUCGUGACGGGCAUUCUCUCCUUCGCCCUCACCACUCUCAACUUGAUAGCCCUUUACGGCAACUUCGUUGCCACGAUAAGAUCUGCCCCAAACGAAAUACGAGAUUCGCUAGGAAACCUCAGACAACAACUCUGCGAAGAGCGCCAAGCCCUGCGGCACCAGUCUCGAGAGAUCCGCACAAAAACGAAGCUGCGCCAGCGCAUCUUCAACCUGAGCGACAGAGACGCCAGCCACGAAGCCCGCUCAGCACUAUCCUACGCGGAGCAGACGCUGCCCCUCCACUACCUCACCCUCCGCGACCUCUGGCGCACCUUCAAAGAGCUUGAGCGGCCGUUCCUCAUCGCGAGCGGGUACCGCGCCGAGGCCAUACACAACGGUGCGUCGUGGGGCGAGGCGGAUCUCGACGAGAAGGUCCGGGCCGAUUUCGAGAGGCACGGGGAGCAAAACAGCUUCGCGGACUGGAGUGCGAUUUACAAAUGUGAUUUUGCGCAUCGGUUCAUUUGGUGGCAGAUCAAGGAUGAUGUGAAGAAGCUUGGGGACGAGGUCAUGCGGAUCAUGGCGAGGCGGACGGAAAGGGAGGUGACUUAUACGCGCAUGAUGGUGAAGCAGAUCUUCCAGGGUGAUGGGCCAGCGCAGAUUGUUGACGUCCGGCCUCCGCGACGGCCUCCUGGUGGAGGGGGUGGCGGCGGUGGAGGAGCCAGGAGGCGUAUGAGUUGGGGAUCUGGGCCUGUGAGGCGGAGUCCGAUUCCGAUGAGACGAAGUCCUGCUCCGGUUAGGAGAGCUCCUGUACCCGUCCCUGUGAGGACGCCACAUCACGAUCGAUCCAAGAAACACAUCGAAAGAAGCUCGAGUUCUUCCUCCUCUACGAGCACAAGCAGCAACAGGGACAAUCACGCGACGAGACGGGGCAUGGAUGUGCCGAGACGCAGUGGUUCGGUAAUCAGCGAGCAUAGACACAGUCACCCAAAGAGCGACGCCGCUACUAUUGGGAAACAUCAGCGUCGUCCGAACCAUCAGCCACAGGCGGGAAGUAGUCGAUGGGAGCAGUUUCGCGGCAGGCCUUCGCGGCAAUAUGAUCUUAGGGAGUACUUUGAGGGUCGGGGGCGGGAUCAUUCGAGGAUCAUAGAGGUUAUUCCAGAGAGUGAGAUUGACUACUUUUCACCCCGGUCGCGGCACAAGAACGACGAGAAGUGA